AUGGCUACACCUUCCAUUAGGAAAGAUGAUGCUAUUUUGACAGCUUAUGCAAGCAUCAUAAUCAACGCAUCUGCAGAAGAAGUUUUUGGUACCAUCAGUUCAUCUGAAGAGUACGGGAGUGGAUAUUUUCAGUACAAAUGGGAUGAUAACCAGCCUAUCGUGGGGGCAAGAGGAAUCUAUUCGUUUCGUGUAGAAGAGAUACAAGACCGCAAUGUGCCUGCCAUGUUGACUUUGCUGGACCCGGUACAUAAGAAGAUGGCGGCGAAGACUGUUAGAUACCCCGAUUGGCUUUUAGGCUCAGAGAGAGUUCAGGAAGUUGUAUCUAUCAGAGGCAAAGCAAAUAUAUGUGAGUAUAGGACUUGGAUAACGCUCGCGGGGAUUGGGGCGUAUUAUCCUUUAUUGACUGCGAAGGAAGAGCUUGAGGAUGGUGCUACAGAUGCGGCUAUGGAAUUGAAGGUUUUUGUCGAGAAACGAAACCGCAAAGGUUGA